AUGUCCCCGCAUCUCCCCGCACUCAUCGCAACGCUGCUUCUUGCAAGCUUGAUUCAUGGGCCCGCACUAUCCGCCGCGCAGCCCGCGUACUCCGCCGUGGGAGUUCCCACGGCGAUCGUGGCGGGCGGCGUGUACAACCCGUUAACGGGCGACGUCUACAACCAGGCAUGGCAGAUCAACUCGCUGACGCAGCGCGAGACAGGCUACUCAUCGAACCCCGACGCGAACAACAACGCGGAGCUCACCUCGUGCGCGGUAUCCACGGACGGCAAUGCCUUCACGUCGUCGGGCGACAAGUACGUCAACAUGAUUAAGUACACCACCAGCGGGCCGGUAGCGCUGCCGGCGUUGCCGCUCAACAUCAACGUCACGACCGUCGCCCUGGGAGGGCCGUCGGAGCGGCUUCUAAUCGCGGCGGACGGGACCGCCGCCGCUGGCGGCGCCGUCGGGAUUCGGCGCGACACGCUGCAGUCGACGGUGCUGGUUGCGCAAGGGUGGCAGUGCAUGUCGGCUAGCUUCUGCUCGUCGUUCGUGCUGCUGGCGUGUCACGACACGGCCACCGACGCGAACGUACUCGUCACCGUCCCAUUCGACGCCGCCACAGGCGCUUUCCAGACCGCCGCCAAGGCUUCUUUCGCCAUCCCGUUCCCGCCGGCGCAGGCGGCAUGUUCCCCGAACGGCGGAUUCGUGGCUGUUCUGCGCAUGGACGCAAACACUGUGUUCACGUACAAGCUGCCGCUCGUCGCGCCGCUUACCGCGCUCUCCACGUCGCAAAUGACCCCCGGAAUGCCCGGAUCCAUGGCCUUCGACGCUACCAAUAGCGAGAUUCUUGUAACGAGCGCCGCGGAUUUCCCGGGCCUGCCGGGCGACGCGUACCUCGGCACGCUCGGCACUGUCGGGUACACCGAAUCGGGAGGCGCGGAGCCCGCGGCGCGGAUCGGCGCGUUCCAGUACACCACCGCGUCACCGGUGGGCGGCCAGGUGGCAGUCUACCCGAAGCCGACGGUUGCUUACGUGGCGUUGCCGGAGGGGCUGUACGUGGUGCGGCUCGUGGAGGACGGCGCGCUCGACUACGGCUCCGCGUUCUUCGCCACGCUCGGCGCCGUGCAGGACGGGUGGAGCUACUUCGCCACCGCCGUCUGCGCGCAGCGAUUCGUCGCCGCUCCGCCGCCCCCCAGCCCGCCUCCCCCUCCGCCCAGCCCUCCCCCUAAGCCCCCGAGCCCUCCGCCAAAGCCGCCUAGCCCACCGCCCAGCCCUCCGCCUCCCCCGAAGCCUCCGAGCCCUCCGCCCAAGCCCCCUAGUCCCCCGCCCAAACCUCCCUCUCCGCCUAAGCCACCGAGCCCUCCGCCGAAGCCUCCUAGCCCUCCGCCCAAACCUCCCUCUCCGCCUAAGCCGCCGAGUCCGCCCCCCAAGCCACCCAGUCCACCCCCAAGGCCACCUCCUCCCCCCAAACCUCCCAGCCCGCCGCCUAAGCCGCCUCCAUCGCCGCCAAAUCCUCCGCCGAAACCGCCCAGCCCGCCUCCGCCUCGCCCGCCGCCACCGAAGCCAGUGACGAGCACGCUGGCGACGACGGCGUCUGUGCUGUCGGAGUUUGCCGGCGGCGACGCCGGUGUGUUCGCCACCGUCGCCAGCGACGUUGAUGCCGCCGUGGCGCGACACCCGCCCGCGAGGACCGCGCCCCGCGCGCACUAUAGCGUCGCGUCGCCACCACCAGAGCCGACGUCAUGCUACGUGGGCACGAACACGCUGUGCCCAUUCCAGCUGGACUGCCUGGACUUUGGCGCGAAGAGGGGAUGCACGUGCAUGAAUGACAUCAUCCCGCAAGGGCAGUGUAGAUAUGCCAGUGCAUGUCUGGACACGACGGCAUGUCCAGUGGAGGCCACGUGCACCACCACACAGAGGGACCGCACAGUGUGCGCGUGUCCUAGUGGUUAUCGGCCUUUGAAGCAGCGUGUGGGUGACAUGGCCUUCAGCUACUGCGCUCGGUCGACCUGCAAGCGGAACAACGCCUUUGUUGGCUUCAGCUGUGCUGUGCACGACGAGGCAGCUGCUGGAAUGAGCUUCUUCGGGCCUGCAGGGGAGCGUCCCCUCGGCAGGGGAGGUCCCGGUGCUAGGUGUGGUGUCGUCUUGACUUUCAGUCAAGUUAAUGAACACACACUCACGACGACACAGAGGAAGAGCAACGAUGAGCGGUCAAUUGCGCUCGCCGCUCCUCCAAGGUCCAUCCACGUGACCUUCACUUUGGAGCGACGCUGCGAGUUCGGCGAGCACUACGCAGUGGUGGGGGAGGUCGACGAGCUCCGCCUAUGGGAUCCCGCUAAAGCGGUCGUCGCGCAGUGGUCGGAAGGCCACCACUGGAAGGUCACCGUUGAACUCCCUGGGGAUCGUUCGAUCGAGUUCAAGUUCGUGUUACUCGGGCGGCACGGCGAAAUCUGGUGGCAGCCGGGUCGCAACCACGUGCUCUCCACGGCGGGCUUGGCGCACAGCGUGGACGUGUACGUGCCGUGGGACACGGAGCAGGCGCUCGUGGUGGUUAACCACCCAGAGAGUAACACAAUCGACUGGAGCCUGGACGGCGCAUUUACUGAGAUCAAUGCUCGGGAGGGCGAGGCAGGGCUGGUUGCGGAAGGCGAUUCGAUUAGCCGCGGCGUCAUGGUGAACGGCCACUCCAGUUCCAGCGCGGUAUUUAACGGCUUUACUGACUCCGACGUGGAAUCUUUUAGCUAUGCGGAUUAUCACAUGAAAUCCAAUGGUUAUUCCAACUCUGGCGUGGAAUCCAAUGGCUACUCCAACUCGAGCAUGGAAGUUCACGACUAUUACCACUCUCAUAUGGAAGUCAACGGCUAUUCCCAUGCAAGCUUGGAAUCCGCACGUCUUACGGCAAGUGAUAUCAUCGGCAAUGGGAGCGAGAUUGGAGAACUUGAUUUUGUCGCUCCAGCACAAGAGAACCAGGCCGUUUCGUUCGUGGCAAGUGACGGCAGCGUUCACAACGGGGCAGCACGUGACGGGCAACCCUUCAAACUCGCCGGAAACAGCAACGCUGAAGCUGAGGAGGCAGGCUUCAUGGAAGAUCGAAGGAAAGUGGCUGCCGAGUCCACGGGCAAUAACUCUUUCGCGAACUCUGCAGCAGUUGAUGCUUCACGGACUCUCUCAACCGAAAUUGAUUCAAAAUCAUUCAAGGGAUUGGACGAUGGAGAAGCAGCAUUUGAGUAUGUCUCAGCGUCCAGUGGAGGACGGAUGUUCGCUGACAUGGCAGGAAGCGUGGAGGCAGCGUAUGAGGCUGUUUUCAGAGAGCAAAAUGAGGAUGAGACCAAUUCCUCCGUGGUUAGAAGGAAGGCGCUGACAAGUGCCAGUGGCAGCAAGCUUCAGCAGCGCAGCAUGGGAGGUCAGGUCAGAACUCCACAGCAAAGGAGGCAACAAAAAGCAAACAGCAAGUACCUCUCAGAGCUUUUCUUCAAUGAUGCUCAUGUCCCACUGCGCCGCUGGGCUGGGGAGCUCUACCUGGACAAUCCUUCCAGCACUCCCUCAGCCAACCCUGCUCUCAGCUCCACAGCAGCACCAACCCCAUCUAGCUCCAAGCAAAAGGCAGAAAGCUUCAUGCCGAGUGCCUCUCAUGGCCCCCUCCCUCUGCAUCUGACGACAAAUGGUGUCCCAGCCUCACAGCAGUUCUCCCCUCAGCCAACCAGUGGAUCCUCCUUGACCGCGACCCUAGCACCACCUGCUCCAAACCCCUUUGAAGGGCUUGGUGAUUUUAUUGAACGAGGCUUGGGAAGGCUGUUCAGCCGCAUGCAACGCGCACGCAUGUGGUUGGUGCUCAUCCCACUACCAGCCCUUUCCACUCCACUUGCUGCGCUUGUUGUGGCUGUACAGCUGUUCCUCCUCUCUACCCUUUGA